CUUGCAUUCCUCCACUCUCCUUUGUACAGAUCCGGUGAAUAGCCUUUAGAUCGGGCUUUGUGGGAGUGAUUGUCAGUGGCUAAAUGAGCGUCUUUGCCAGGCUAGAAGCUCUGGUAACAUAUGUGACUAUGUUGCCUCUGCUCCUUUGCGUCUCCAGCCUGUAUGACACAACACAGAGCGGGCUCAGGACUCUGGGUUUCUGCAGAAAUUUAAUUUGACCUAUCACAUGGUUUCUUUUGAUUCUGGAUGUUAUUACCAGGAAAGGAAAUUGUUACUCCUCUCAUGGGAACCAGAGCUGAGAAUGAAGUAAAAUCUUGUACAGCAUCUUGAGCAUGUCACAGAAAUGAACUGAGGACAAAGAGGAGGCCACUCAUUUGAGGACGUCUGAGAUUUACAGUCUAACAAUGAGGUUGCAGAGGAGCUCAGGACUGGUUGCGGUGCUGGGCCUGAUCACCUGCAUUUGUGCCUUUUAUAUGACUACUGCCCUUGACAUCCCACUAGAGGUUUUAGGUCAUGUAAACAUUGAGCAGCUGCCCACUAUCACAGCUCAGUCACCCAGCUCUCUCAUCGCUUUCCCUUUUGAUGAGAGCUUCUCUGUGACGUGCGAAGCCAAAGGAAACCCCGAGCCAGAAUUCAGAUGGACAAAGAAUGGCCAGGAAUUUGACCCUUUUCUAGACCCCCGGCUGAUGAAAGAGGAGAAUUCUGGGACCUUUGUGAUACCCAAUAAUGGGAACCUUACAGAGUACCAAGGAACCUAUCGCUGUUACGCCUCAAACAAACUGGGGACCGCCAUAUCGAAGGAGAUAGAGUUCAUUGUGCCCCAUGUUCCAAAGUUCCCUAAAGAAACAAUUGAUCCUGUCAUGGUGGAGGAGGGUCAGCCGUUUGCUUUGAAAUGUAAUCCACCUAAAGGAAUUCCACCUCUGCAGAUCUACUGGAUGACUAUCAAUCUCCAGCACAUAGAACAGGAUGAGAGGGUGUCUGUGGGCUUGAAUGGAGACCUUUACUUCUCUCACGCUGUGGUGAAGGACAGCAGGAGAGACUACUGCUGCUUCGCCGCCUUCCCAAGGAUACGAACCAUUGUUCAGAAGACCGCCAUGUCUGUCAUUGUCAACACAAAAAAAAGUGACACAAAUCCUGAAACUGCUAAUGCAAUCCUGCAGAGACGACCCUCUCUUCUGACUCCAGAGGGUGUCAGAUCAGAAACACAGCUGGUCAAAGGAGAGGAUUUAAAAUUGGAGUGUAUUGCUGAAGGAUUUCCAACGCCACGAGUGGACUGGGAGAAGAUGGGUCAUGAACUUCCUGUUAAAGCAAAACUGGAGAAUCAUGGAAAAUUGCUGAUUGUGCCGAGAGUUGAACAAGAAGACAGCGGGAAGUACAUGUGCAAGGCAAAGAACGCACUCGGAGAAGCUGUCCAUUACUUCACAGUGACAGUUGAAGAGCCCCCAGAGUGGGUGUCUGAGCCUGAGAGCCAGCUCAGCAUGAUCGGCUCAGACGUGCGCAUCAAGUGCUCCGCCAGUGGGACACCUCAGCCAACUAUAACAUGGAGUGUGAACGGUGUACGCCUACAGGAUGUGCCGGCAACCAACAGGAGGGUGUUAGGUGACACCAUAACUUUACACAACACCAAAGCAUCUGACAGUGCGGUGUAUCAGUGUGAGGCAUCCAACAGACACGGAACCCUUCUCUCCAAUGCAAACAUCAUGAUUAUGAAUCUGCCACCUAUGAUUUUGACCAGGGAGGGGGAGGAGUACUCGGCUGCAGAGGGGAAGGGAGUGAUGAUGCACUGCAAGGUCUUCAGUUCUCCUCCUUCUGCUAUCACUUGGAGCAAAGAUGACUCCUCUGAAUCUGUGAAGGGACCAAGAUUUAGUGUUCACAUCAACGGGUCGCUGGAGAUUUACAGUGUAGAGAAAGACGACACAGGACAGUACACGUGUUUAGCUAAAAACACAGAGGGACGGUCUGCCAUCGAUGCAGUGCUUUAUGUGAAAGAUCCCACUAGAAUUACCAUGCCCCCAGAGGACCAGCAGAUCCUAAUGGGUACCACAGCCCAGCUCUCAUGCCUGGCAGAGUACGACAAGUCCUUCAACAACGACUUUGAGCUCCUGUGGGAAAAAGAUGAUAUAGAGAUACCCCUCAACUACACGGAGAAUUCAAGAUACUUUGUGGAGAAUGAUAUUCUUCAGAUUAUCAAUGUGAGCCACAGGGACCAGGGUGUGUACACAUGUGUGGCAAGAACUCCAGUGGACCGAGCCACAGCCUCAGCCCUGCUCAUUGUUUUAGAUGUCCCAGAUGCGCCUGAGAAUGUGCUACUGUCUGAACACAAGAGCAAAAGUGUGAAAAUGAAAUGGAUCCCCGGGGAUGAUCACAAUAGUUCAACCACAGAGUUUGUUAUCGAGUAUGAGGAAAACCAGUGGGAGCCAGGAAACUGGAAGGAGCUUCUCCGAGUACCUGGGAACCACAACUCAGCUGUCCUCAAACUCCACGGCCACGUGGACUAUCGCUUCCGUGUGUUUGCAGUUAACACUGUAGGGAGGGGUCCUCCCAGCAAGCCCACAGAGAGAUAUAAAACCCCCCCAGCAGCCCCUGACAAGAACCCUGAAAAUAUCAAAAUCGAAGGUCAUUUGCCACAUGAAAUGGAUAUCAACUGGGAGCCCCUGUUACCCAUUGAGCACAAUGGUCCUGGUUUGGAGUAUAAAGUGAGUUACAGGAGACAGGACACAGAAGAGGACUGGAAGGAACACAUGGUGAAGAGACACUCAUUUGUGGUGAAGAGCACUCCCACCUUUGUGCCCUAUGAGAUCAAGAUCCAAGCCAGAAACCAUCAGGGGUGGGGUCCUGAGCCCAGAAUAGUGACUGGCUACUCUGGAGAGGAUUUUCCCUCUGCUGCGCCUGAUGAUGUAGCUGUGGAGGUGAUGAACAGUUCCGUGGUCAAGGUUAGCUGGACCCGUGUACACAAGGACAAGCUACAUGGACAUCUGGGAGGCUACAGGAUGAACUGGUGGCGUCUGCGCAGUCUGGUGGACUCAAAGAAAAGCCAUGGAGAAAAACACACACUGACGUUCCCUGGGGACCAGAACCAUGCCACAGUGCCAGGACUAACGCCCUUCUCAGAGUACAGCCUCAUCGUCAUGACCUUCAAUGGGCGGGGCAAUGGCCCUGGCAGCCAUCCCAUCAACUUCAAAACCCCAGAGGGAGUCCCUGAGAAAAAUCCUGUUUUCAGGGUCACAGAUGUACAAAAGCACACUGUCUCUCUGGUCUGGGCCCUGCCAGCAGAACCUAAUGGGAUUCUCACCGGGUACCUCCUUGAAUACCAGCUCAUUAAUGACACAGAGGAAGUGGGGCCACUGCAGAGAGUCGACAUCAGCAACCCUGAUACCACCGAAUGGAUCCUGCGCGACUUGGAGCCCGUGAGCAAAUACAAAUUCUACCUGCGCUCCUGCACCAUGGUGGGCUGCGGCCCUGUUGUCAGCGAGGAGUGCACCACCAUCCUAGAAACCACUUCCACUUUGGCUUCCGCUGUUGGCCUCAGCAAGUCAGCUUCCCCCUCACCUCCAAGCACUCCAAAGCUCCCAGUGACCAAACCCACUCGUUCCACCAUAGGUCUGGCUAGCAUCCAUGGAGGAAUAUCCACCCAGGGCUGGUUUAUCGGCCUGAUGUGCACCAUUGCUCUCCUCACACUCAUUGUUUUGAUCGCCUGCUUUGUCAACAGGAAUAAAGGAGGGAAGUAUUCAGUAAAAGAAAAAGAAGACCUUCACCCAGAUGUGGAGUCCCAAGGCAUGAAUGAUGACACAUUUUGUGAGUACAGUGACAACGACGAGAAGCCACUCAAGGGCAGCCAGCACUCACUAAACAAGGAGAUCAAAGCAGGGGACAGCGGGGACAGCCUGGUGGACUACGGCGAUGAGGAAGCUCAGUUCAACGAGGAUGGAUCCUUUAUUGGCGAGUACGCUGGGCGAAAGGAGAAAAGGAUGUCGGGUGAGAUCAAAGCCACCGUUCAGGUGCCGGCAUGAGGAGCAGAACCGCUAUCCAUCCUCCCCCGAACACCCUUUUCAUUAAACCUGCUGAGAGGAACAAAUGAAAGAGGAAACAGACAUUAUCCAUGCCGAGCACAAGUUCUGUGUCAAAUGUAAUGCGUCAUUGCCAACUUCUCACUGCCAUCCUUGUUUUAUAAAGCUCUGUUUUGUCAAGUUGCAACAGAAUGACCAUUACUAAAUCUUGUGUAUAUAUAGUGUAUAUUCCUUUUUUAUAAUAAUUAUUACACAAAACAUUUAGAGAGCUUUGAUUUUCUUGUGUUAUUUCCAUUACAGCUCCUGUUCUGUAAAAAUAAAAAAAUUCACUCCAUUUCACAUCAUUA